UUGAGCAUGAAAUAUUCACAGCCAUUAAGAGACUUCCAAUUUAAUUUCUCAUCCUGCUUAUUCUGUAGUUCAUGUUAACUCCACAGUGCUGAAGGAACUGAACAAGUGGACUUUUAGACAUCAGAUCACUGGCCAUGGUGUUGGCCAUGGCGUCUCAGGAUACUCAGAACCUGUUCCAGCCUCUCUCUUCCUGGAUAUCUCGGGUGUAUGAAGCCCUCCAGCAAGCAGGGGAUGUGUUAUCUGCCUCGUUGGUUAACUUAAGCAAACAAGACUCUAAGUUGAAUGACAAGCUAGACCAGGACUUAGAUGAUACUCAGAUUCAGGAAACGUACUUUGAAGUUGAAGAACAAAUCAAUGACGGGAGUCAAGAGGACACACAUUCCUUGUUUCUUGAAGUGGAUCAUUUUUCUUGUUGCAGUAGUGAUUUGCAGGACUCUGCCCAAAGCUCAAACCCUAGACUUAACCAACCUGCAAAGGACUCAUGUUCCAUAGUAUCCCAGUGGCCCAAUCAGACCUGUGAUGACCAAAAGCCACCACAUGUGCUUUCUUCUAUUGCUGAGGAAGAACAUCACCUUGAACAGCAAAGGAGCGGCCUUCAACAUGACUUUGAGAGCCACCUCUCUGGUAUUUUAGAAAAUGUUUAUGGAAAAAAGCAAGUGAACAGCUUUGGAAAUGAUGAAGAGCUGUGCACAUCUUCUGACACUGACGAGGAGGUGAUGAAGCAAUUUGAGAUUUCUGUGUCCCGGUCCCAGAGCUUCCGGUCAAGAGUGUCUGAGAAAGGCAAGCAGACAAGAUCGGAGCCGAAACCAAAAGUCUGCCAUUUGCUCUCUACCGGGGAAGAGGACAGAACCCGGGUGUCUGCCUGUGAAGAUUUGGAUGGAGCAAGGCAACUGCAUUAUUCUGAGAAUUUGUCUUAUGGUGAAGAUGAGCCCACCUCUGCCCAUGCACAGUCCCUAUGUGAGGUGGGGGAUACCAGGCACCAUGGUGCAUCUCCCCAGGAGACCAGUGUGGUCCACAGGCUCAGUCGCCAGUCCACAGAGGGCAGCUUGGAGAUGGAAGCCGCUUUUAAUAACCGGGGACUUGAAGACUCCUAUGCCACUGAUAGUUCCUCCGUGUGGAGUCCAGAGGAGCAGGAUGGGGCUGAUUUUCAGCUGCCAUCAGGGGUCCCAGAGCCCAUCUCAAAGUGUGGUGAUCUGGAUGUCAUCUUUGAAUAUAGAGCUGCCAGCCAGAAACUCACAGUGACCAUCGUGAGAGCACAGGGCCUCCCGGAUAAGGACCGAAGUGGCAUCAACUCCUGGCAAGUUCAUGUAGUCCUGCUGCCCAGUAAGAAACAGAGGGGCAGGACGAGCAUUCAGAGAGGGCCCAACCCUGUCUUCAAGGAGAAGGUCACCUUCACCAAGCUGGAGCCCAGAGAUGUGGCUGUCUGUGCUGUCCGCUUCCGCCUGUACGCUGCCCGCAAGAUGACCCGUGAGAGAAUGAUGGGAGAGAAGCUGUUCUAUCUCAGCCACCUGCAUCCAGAAGGGGAAAUGAAAGUGACCCUGGUUCUGGAGCCAAGAAGUAACAUCAGUAGUGGAGAGUCUCCGCUCAGCCCAUCUGCCGUUUCUCACAGUGAUAGUGCUUCAUCCACGCAGUCGCUGUCUCAUGGAGGGGCACCAGAGCUGUUGGUGGGGCUGUCCUACAAUGCCACAACGGGGCGAUUAUCUGUGGAAAUGAUCAAAGGCAGCCAUUUCCGAAACCUCGCUGUGAACAGAGCGCCUGAUACAUAUGGAAAGCUCUUUCUCCUCAAUUCUGUGGGUCAAGAGAUGUUCCGCUGCAAGACGUCCAUUCGACGUGGUCAGCCCAAUCCUGUCUAUAAGGAGACCUUUGUUUUCCAGGUGGCCCUCUUUCAGCUCUCUGAUGUCACCUUGAUGAUCUCCAUUUAUAACAGGCGCACUAUGAAGCGUAAAGAGAUGAUUGGUUGGAUUGCUCUGGGUCAAAACAGUAGUGGAGAGGAGGAACAAGAUCAUUGGGAGGAAAUGAAGGAGACCAAAGGCCAGCAGGUCUGCAGAUGGCACACCUUGCUCGAAUCCUAGGUUUGCCCACAGGUGUGUCUAUGCUACACCCCCGUUGGUGAACCUAGUGGUUGACCUCUAACACCAACUCAGUGUAUGCUGGCAGGCUCUUUAAAGACAGGCUUUCAAAUAGGGAUUGGAUUCCACUAACCACUAGGACAUUCUGUGUGGGGGAUGGGGGUGCUGUGGGGGGGAGGAGAUCUUUGGUUUUCUCAAGGUUUGAAUUGGAUUUAAGUAUUGUGAUUUUUUAAAAAAAUUCUACAUAUACAAUCAACUAGGUGGAAAAUGUUACCAUAGUUGCAAGCAGUGAUGAUGAGUUAAUUUGUGUUAAUAGGUUAUUGAGGUGGUUCAGGCUGUGGGAUGAAGCUUCUCCCGCGCUCUCGUCUGUUUGCUUGAACAGUAACCUCAGAUUGCAAGGGAGCUGUUAAAUGUUACUGUUUGUAACCACUUACGCGUAUAAAUCAGAAUUGUCUUAAUAUGGUGCAAAAAACUCCAAAAUACAGAAAUGAGUCAGACACUCAAAGAAGAAUGUAACUGUCACCCAUAGGCCCCUAUUUCACAUUUUUCUCUUUUUCAACCCCCCCCCUCACUUAAUUACCUAACAAACAAAUGUCAUAAACGUGCACUUAUAAAAGAAAUUUGUAUUAAUUAGAUACCUCUUUCUAUUGAAUAUAUUGUGAUUUCCUAUGAGGUUUGGUUAGCUAAAUCAUUUUGAAGCUAAAAAAUAGUUCAAAAACGACUGUUAAAAGACCACUUGUCUCCUUUGAAUAUAUUUCAAACUUGUAACUUCCAAGGUUUUUAUGCUCUUUUUCUCACCUAAUAAAUUCUUGCAGAACGAGAAGAAAACCAAAA